AUGUCAGCAUCCAACAAGAAGGAAAAGAUUGGACAGGUGGUGCAGAACUUCUACCUCAAGGCUGCCAAUGUGAUUGUGCAAUCGCGUCAAACCAAUGGCCAAGGGGAACAACAAGAGCCACCGAGUAUUGGUGGUGACAAAUCCGCUGGGAAGCUGAACAAGUGGUUUAACUUGAAUACCAAUGAUCUGCCACGUGAAGAUCUCAAGCCAUGGAAGACAGGCUCUGUAUCGUCGCUCCCGCCGUUGGUUGUUGAGACGUACCUAGACUUGAGAUCACUAACGCCCAAACAUGCCCUGCUGGUAAAGGAUGAGCAAGGUGGUACAUGGAAUAUCAACACAAAGAAGUCGGAGAUCGUGAUGGAAAGAUGGCUUAUCGAGUUGGAUCGAGACGUGUUUACGGAGGAAGAUGUAGAGGAGGAGGACUUGCCCCUCGUGUACAAGAAGUUGAUCCUAACAUUCCGAUACUUGUUUGUCAUUUCAAGGCUGUUGCCAUGUUUCAAGUUGAUGAAGAAGUUGAACAAGGCGAAUUUGACCCGGGUUCCUCUGAGGGUUGGCGCUAGAAUCAUGGAUGGCACCAAACAGAUAGUGUCGAGAGGGAGAAUUGGGUUGAGUAAGCCUAUGGUUACAACAUCGGAGGACCAUCUUCUCAAGAAAUAUAUGAGCCCAGUGACCACUCGUUUGGGAGCGUUGAGAAUAUCUGUGACUUACCGUAAGCACAUCAACUUCCAAAUCAGCGAUAACGAGGAAUCCCUAUCGAAUCAUUUUCAACACAUUGACAAGUAUAAGAAUACUGCAUCAGUUCUAAAGACGUUCAAAUUAGGACAGGCAUCGCCGCCAACCAGUGUUUCUUCAUCAACGAGGAACGGUUCAAAUGGUUCGAUUGCUCAGGCCCUCAAGAUACAAAGAAGCGGGUCUACCGGUACAACAAACAACGUUAACGCUAAUAGUAACAACAUCAACUCAAUUCCAAGAUCAAUAACAUCAUCCGUGGGGUCUAUGGGUAUCCCUCAACACCCCCAGGAUGUUCCAAUAUCAUCUGGGAGCACUCCUAAGUACUCUUCCUCCUUUGGUAAGAUUACAAGACGCUCCAGUUUGAGAAGAUCAUCGUUGUCAAGUUCCAAACAGCCAUCACCGGUUGACGACGAUGAGAUAAAUGAUUUUGUGAGGAUGUUGGAUAACAAAUCAGAUCUCCAAUUGCACUACUCCAACAAUGUUCGUGAUUCCUUGGAGAAGUACCAAAUGCUAAAGAGUCGAAAUGAUCUAUUGACUGAAAGCAUGACUGCAAGCAUGUACUCCAAAUCCCACUCACCUCCGCCUUCUAUUCCUGCUGCCGGCACACCGUCAAGUUCACUAUGGCCACACAGACAAACUUCUGGCUCUCCUCGCUCAGCAUAUAAUUAUUCAAUCCCAAUGAUGCCGUCCAAGUUAUCUGAGACAACAAGCAGUAAUGAAUCAUUGCCUGUUAGAGAUAAGAGUGGUCCAAUAUCUAGGGCUGGUUCUGCAUCACCUGGCUCAAUAUUCAAGAGAAGUGGAACAAAGACAUUUAAUAUUGGUCCUUCAACCCCUACAAUUGCAUCAACACAAACACAUGCUAAACUACAUCGUACUCAUCAAACUGGAUCCAUAGAUUCUGCACAGGAAUUGCCAACCGCAACUCAAGGAGGCGAUGAGGAAGAUGAUGAACUUCUCUUCACUAUGAGCGAUAUGCACAUUGCCAAAUGAACAAGUGAACGAUUACACUUAACCGCAGACGAACGGCUAUUUAUGACGCUUACAAUUCAAUUUCAAUGACUUUCUUUAUUACGCCUUUAGUAUAUAAAAGAUUCCCGUCG